GCAGUACAGUCUCCAUCAGUAAACACAGUCAGCCCAGUAUUAUUAGCUAUUAUUACCAUUUCAUUGAUAAUCAGGGUGUAUCACUGACUGACUUGCGCUAUUUCUAUUUUCUGUUUUGCCUAAACUCUUAAACUUUAGAUAUUCUAACACAGGCGCGCGCGCAGCCACGGAAGUACGUUGAGGUUACAGGUGAAAGGUUUGCUGGAGGUGGUUAACAGCUGUUGCUAACGUUAGGAGCUGUUUUUAAGUGUCCAAAAGCUUAAAAUGGCAGAUGAUCAAGCAGAUGAAGUACCUACCCUACCUUGUAUCUUAGUCACAAGCUGUGAUCCCGGCUUUAAAGAAGAGGAGCUAAUUAGACAGAUCUUGGGCUUAGAAUCACUACCUCAAGCUUCCAAAACAGAAGAAAGAGUCUCUUGGUAUCCAUGGACAAUCAAUAACAAGUACUACACAGCAAACGUCAGCUUAUGUGUUGUUUCAAGUCCAUUCGACAUGAAUAUAGAGGUUGCUCGGUCUAUGCAAGCGUUCAUCGUUUACUUUGACAGCAAAACUAAAGACAGCCUAAACAGUGUGAACUCCUGGUUAUCAGUAGUGGAGGAUUUGGCUCCAGAAGUGCUGAUCCUAGUGUGUGACCAUGCGUGUGACAGUGGUGUAAGCAAACAGGAGGCCCAGCAGUGGUGUCUGGCCCACGCAUUUGAAUUAGUAGAGCUCAACCCUCAAGAUCUACCUGAUGAAGAUGAUGACUUCCCAGAGUCCACUGGAGUAAAAAGAAUCGUUCAGGCCCUUAAUGCCAAUGUGUGGUCCAGUGUUGAGAUGAAAGAUGAACACAGUCAGGGAUUUGGGCUAAUGAGCAGCCUGGUGGCCUCUCGUCACAACAACCCACGACCCAGUCAAGAGACACUGUCUUCUCAUUCCCCAUCUAACAGUACAGAUGAAGGCACUGAGAAGCAGAGUGCAGAGAAUAACCAGAAUAAUGCAGUAGAUACAGCAGUCGAUCCCAUGAUUGAUAUUGACAUACAAGAGUUGGCUAAUCUAACAUCUGGAGAUGCAGAUGUUAUAGUAUAUUCUAAUAUUCAGUAUUUUUUUAUUUUUUAUUUUUUAUUUGUAGACAAGGCCUCUUCGUUGCCACAUGAACAGAGGAAAGUACAUGCAGAAAAGGUUGCUAAAGCGUUCUGGAUGGCUAUUGGUGGAGACCAGGAUGAGAUUGACGGCUUGUCAUCAGGGGAGGAGAGUUAAAGCCCCAGUGACUCUUAACCAGCUUCCACUGUUGAUACUCAGCCCACCCUUUGAACCCCCAAUCAUCCCAAAUCUGCCCAGCCCAGUCCUGUCCCACCCAAGAAACGUGGAAGAA